AUGGUGAAAGAGCAGGCAGAGCCUCAACGACUGCAGCAACCGGCUGUACAGAUCAUGCAAUCUGUAACAAUAACUCCAAUGCCAGAAUUUUGCCCAGAUGCAAAAAUCGGAACAAGCCUUUCGACAAGAUGGAACAAUUGGCAGUCAGACUUCGAAAUGUAUAUAACCGCAAGUGGAAUAACGGAUCCAAAGCGAAAACGUGCACUCUUGCUAUAUCAAGCCGGACCGAGAGUUCGCGAGAUUUUUAAACAAAUCCCCGAGACAGGAACUGAUACGGACUACGACAUCGCGAAACAGAAAUUAAAGGCUUACUUCGACCCUCAAAAGAAUCGGCGGUACGAAGUUUAUCGUUAUAAUCGAUAAAAGGCUAUAAUCGAAAGCCCUAAAGAUUUCUUUAAACUUUAAUUUUUAUAUGUCUGAUGUUUGUGUGUGAUGACCUUUGACAAAUAAUUUAUUGAGCUUUUCUACUAAGAGUAUAAUUUUAUAUUCGAGUUGCCUGGGCUGGCUUUUAGGUAUUGAUGGUCUUUUCUUGCCUUUUCUUAGCAAUUGCUUUUUGUUUACUCGAUUUACGGGUGCAUUUAAGCAACUUACAAAUAUAAUUUAUAUUCGUUUACUUUAAUUUUAAUUUUACGAAGUCAUUAGUCAUUUGCCUUAUUGAAAAGGCUGAAUUUCGACUUGCUUGAUUGCCUCUAUUGUUUGCUGAAUUUCGACUUGCUUGAUUGCCCCUAUUGUUCGCUGUUAUUUUUAUAUUUUUUCGGUAAGUCUUUGUAUAACCCUGUGACUUGAAUUCCUUUUCCUUGGCCUUGUAUUUUAGCUACCUCUGCAUGCAAAGAAAAUGUCUUAAGUGUGAUUAUAAUUUUACACAUUGCAACAGGAGCGAGAACUAUAGUUUGUUUCCUCGCUUAAAAGUCACUUCAUCUCCAACAAAUACACCUCAUCUCACACACUCUGAUGUGGACUUACAUAUGCCAUAUGAUAUUAAUUUUAAUUAUUACAACUCGCAUGAAUUUCAUGAUAAUCCAGAUAUUGCCCAUUGCUUGGAAGGAAAUAGUUCAUUUUCUGUACUAAAUUGUAAUAUAAGAAGUUUAUCUGCAAAUUUUGAUACAUUUAAUAAUAUGCUAAAAGAUCUGUAUUUUAAAUUCUCUAUAAUUGGGCUUACUGAAAUUAAGCUAAAAAUUAAUCAAGACCCCAUAACGAACUGUGAUCUACUUGGCUAUAAUUAUAUCUCUCAGCCUAGCCUCUCUAACGCUGGAGGGGUAGGAUUUUUUAUUAAGAAAAAUCUAAAAUAUACACAAAGGCUGACCUAACAAUAACGGAGCAAGAUUACGAGUCUCUCUGGGUAGAAAUACAGGGAGAGGGAAGAAAAAAUAUAUUGUGUGGAGUAGUAUAUAGACAUCCACAUGGUAAUGUAGACAAAUUUCAGAAGUACAUAAAUUCAACUCUAGAUACGAUUCAGAGGCAAAACAAACUUUGCAUAAUAAUGGGAGACUUUAAUUUAGACCUUCUUAAAUACGAAACUCACAAUGGCACGGAUGAAUUCAUUAAUACUUUAGGAACGUCCUUCUUUCAACCUCAUAUUCUUCAACCAACUCGUAUAACAGAUCAUACAGCUACCCUUAUUGAUAAUAUUUUCUUUAAUUCUAUGGAUUAUUUUACUUUAAGCGGUAACAUAGUCUAUGAAUGUUACUGAUCAUUUGCCUAAUUUUCUUAUCAUAAAUAAAUUUUCUUCCCUAAAUACCAAAAUUAAAAUUUUUAGAAGAGACUACUCCAAGUUCAAUGAACCUGAUUUGAUUGACGAGGUUCGAGGAAUAAACUGGCAACAUGUUCUAACUGAUCCUGAUCCGUCUACACUGUUUGAAAUAUUUCUAAAUAAAAUGUCUUCAAUUAUUGAUAAACACCUUCCCAUUAAACGUUUAUCUAAAAAAGAAUUGAAGAUUCAAUCCAAACCAUGGAUAACGCCAGGCAUUAAGAAAUCGAUUUAUGUAAAAAACAAAUUUUAUCAAAAAUACCUAAAAACAAAAUCUCAACAUUAUCACUCUAAAUUUAAAAUAUACCGAAAUAAAUCAUUUGUUACGAAUUAGCAAAAAGAAAUAUUAUAACAAUUAUUUCAUUAAACAUUCUAAAGAUUCAAAAAGAAUUUGGAACGGUGUGAAACAAAUUAUCUACCUAAAAAAAAAUAGCAACUGUAAUCCUACAAAAUUAAUAUAUAAUGACCAGGAAUUAAACGACAGCAAAAAGAUCGCUGAUGCCUUUGGUGACUAUUUUGCUAACGUAGGGGAAAAUCUUGCAAGGGAAAUACCUAAAGUCGACAAAUCACCAUUAGAUUAUAUUCAUAAUUAUUCCCCUACUAACAGUUUCUAUCUAUCCCCUAUUACAUCGGCUGAGAUUGAGUCUAUGAUCACAACUCUGAAACCUGGUAAAGCAACAGGGCCCUCCAGCCUUCCUAUAAAUAUUCUUAAAAUCUUGAAACAAUUUAUAUCGAAACCCCUGGAAAUUGUGUUCAAUGCUUCUUUCGCUACAGGUAUAGUACCCAGUAAGUUUAAGAUCGCCAGGGUUAUCCCAGUAUACAAAAAGGGGUUACAAAUUAAUAUAAAUAAUUAUCGACCAAUUUCUCUUCUUUCUGUUUUUAACAAAUUACUGGAAAAACUCAUGUAUAACAGACUUAGUAGUUUCAUCUCAAUAAACAAUAUUUCAUCUAAUCUAUAUGAUAUCACUUGCGGAAUUCCCCAAGGGUCAGUGCUAGGACCCCUCUUAUUUCUUUUAUACAUCAAUGAUUUUCAUAAGUGCUCUAAUUUUUUCGAUUUUCAUCAUUUUGCUGAUGAUUCAAAUUUGUUUUGCAAAAAUAGAUGCUUACUUGAACUUGAAAGCAAUAUAAAUAUAUAAUUAAGUAAUAUAGAUACUUGGUUAUGUGCUAAUAGGUUAUCACUUAAUGUUGAAAAAUCAAACUUUCUUAUAUUUCAUCCUUACCAAAAAAAUAUACUAACAGACAUAAAACUUUCGGUAAGAAAUAAAGUCAUUAAACAAGUAGAUCACAUAAAGUAUCUUGGUGUUUUUUUCGAUCCUCAUUUAACUUGGAAAAAACAAAUUACGUUCAUUUCAAAAAAGAUUAAAAGAAGUAUAGGAAUUUUGUCUAAACUUAGAUAUUUUGUAGAUAGCAACAUUCUGGUUAAUUUAUAUUAUGCUUUAAUUUACCCUUUUAUAACAUAUGGUUUAAUCAUAUGGGGUAAUGCUUAUUCCUCAACUGUCAAACCUUUAAUUAUACUCCAAAAAAAGGUUGUGCGUGUUAUAACUUUCUCUAAAUUUGAUGCCCACUCUAGCUCACUUUUCAAACAGUUGAAUAUUAUUAAGUUGGCUGAUCUUCUAAAUCUACACGUGGUUCUUUUCAUGUACAAAUAUCAUAACAACUUGUUGCCACCAACGUUCAACAAUUUCUUUACUCCUGUGUGCAAUGUUCAUUCUCAAAAUACGAUAAAUCUUGUAAAUCUUGUAAAUCUUGAACACAAUGAGACAUUAGAUCAAUUCAUUCACACCAAACUUAGAACAAUAUCAGAAACCUGUGAAUUCGCAGACGUUGAAUUUGAAAUCGAAGAACAAAUCAUUAUAGGCGGAAAUUCAUCAAAAAUACGAAAGCGAGCACUGCGUGAUCCUACAUUUGACUUAAAAUCAAUGCUUUUAGAAGGACGUCGUGACGAGCAGAGCAAGUAUCAAGCUGAACAAAUCGAAUCUAAAGAACAAACUGACGGUGAGGCUAAUAAAUUAGAACAAAAACCUAAUAACGGUAAUAUUUCGAACAGUAGUAAUGUUAUUUGCAGAAAUUGUGGGCGUGCUUAUCCACACACAGGGGCAUGUCCAGCGAAAGGAAAAACCUGUAAUAAUUGUGGAAAACCGAAUCAUUUCGCUGCUGUUUGUCGAGGAAAACAAAAACAAACGCGAUCACCGAGAUACACAAACAGAAAGCAUGCACAAAGAAAUUUAAAAACAUUAGAUACAGGAUCAAACACGAGUUCCGAUGAAGACUAUUUAUAUACCAUGACAAAUACAAAGCACAAUAACAAGGUCAAUGUUAAAGUAGGCGGUGCCAAAUUUCAAACAAUAAUUGACAGUGGCGCGACAAUAAAUGUGAUCGAUCGUGACACUUUUAACAAAAUGCAAGACAUAAAAUUAACUCGCACGAGCACGAAAGCUUUCGCGUAUAAUACGAAAUCACCAGUUGAAUUUUUGGGAAAAUUCGAAGCGGUAAUCGAAACACGAAAACGAAUAUCAGUAGCCACAUUCUAUGUCGCUAAAGCUGCGAACUGUGGAAAUUUACUUUCUCUUUCUACUGCACAAGAACUCGGACUUAUUAGUUUGCAUCUAGACAAACUGACAUCAAAGGAUGCCGCACUAGAAAACAUCCUUCAAAAGCAUUCUAAAGUUUUUUCCGAUCUUGGAAAAUUGAAGGGAGAAAAGAUUAAACUAGAUAUAGACAAAACUAAAAUUCCGAAAGCACAACCCCAAAGGCGCAUACCUUAUCACAUUCGAGAAAAAGUGAAAAACGCGAAACUGAAUUAG